AUGAUUCCUGCUGGUCUCAUUAAUGACAGAAUUGAACGAAUCGCCCGGGAUAUUGUCCAUGAACUUGUCUUGCAGAACAAUGUUGGUAUUGUUGUUCUCUGUGUCUUAAAGGGAGGCUACAAAUUCUUCGCCGAUCUCUUGGACAAAAUCAAGCAGUUGAAUCGAAAUAGUGAAGAGUCUGUUCCUCUGGCUAUUGACUUUAUCCGCUUACAAAGCUACAAGAAUGAUAAAUCCCAGGGGGAGAUUCAAGUCAUUGGCGGUGAUCGACUAGAAAACCUAAAAGGAAAAUGUGUGCUUGUUGUGGAGGAUAUCAUUGACACUGGACGUACCAUGAUCAAGCUGAAAGAAUUGUUAGCAAAGCAUGAACCAGAAUGUGUGAAAGUAGCCAGUCUUUUGGUAAAACGUAGUUCUCGUAGCACCGGAUAUCGACCUGAUUUUACUGGAUUUGAAAUUCCUGAUGAAUUUGUUGUCGGUUAUGCACUGGAUUACAAUGAACACUUUCGAGAUUUGAGUCACAUAUGUGUGAUCAGUGAAUCUGGGAAAAAGAAAUAUGCUGUAUCAUCUUAG